AUGAUGUCUCCAAGCCAAACUCCGUCGCUGGAGCUGGCCCAGAGAACGUUAGCGGCCACGCCAACACUCCUCACGCCAUUGACGCCAUUCCUACAACUCGCUCAAGACGCCGUAGCAACUACUGCAUCGCAUCCGAUCCCGUCAGCCAGUGGUCGUUCUGUAGGAGACGAGAACAGCAGUUACUCCAACGCCUCUCUGACGUCGGAGUGCAGUCUCUCCGCCAAUUGUGAGGAGGAUAUCGCAGAACGGGUAGCUGCAGCGGUGGAAAGCGCGGGCUUGCUGGAUACUGCCCUAGCGUCAUCCACGGACACGAUCAAGAAGGGGAAGAACUUCGUCCCCAAUGAAGACUUGAAGUUAGCCGCAGCGUGA